GGGGGACGGUUUGCCGCUGUGAGCGCGGCCUCGGACGUCGAGCCGUUAGCCAGGGCCUGGCGGCGGUGCUGAGCUGCGGCCGCCAUGAGCUCGGCCGAGCAGACGGUGACCUGGCUCAUCAGCCUCGGGGUGCUCGAGUCCCCCAAGAAAAGUGUGUCGGACCCCGAGGCCUUCUUGCGGGCUGCGCUCCGGGACGGUGUAGCCUUGUGUCGGCUGCUGGAGAGGCUGGUGCCGGGCUCAGUGCAGCGGAUGCACCAGGAACCCAAAUCAGAGGCAGAAUGUCUGAAUAACAUCAAAGAGUUUCUGAAAGCGUGCGGGGCACUUCAUGUUGAGACUUUUGAUGCCAAUGAUCUUUACCAAGGACUGAACUUCAACAAGGUUCUAAGUUCCCUGGUCACCUUGAAUAAAGUAACAGGAGAUAUUGGUGUUGGAAGUGACUCGGUAUGUGCACGUCACCAAUCCCAUCAAAUAAAGUCAGCUGAUUCUUUCACUGGAGCCCACUUGUCACUUGGAAGAACUUCCAAAAAUUUUCCUGGAAAGUAUCGAAGUUUAGACAUGACAGAUAACAGCAAACAUCAUAUGGUGGUGAAAGCAAAAUUCAAUUUCUAUCAGACCAAUGAGGAUGAACUCUGCUUUAACAAGGGCGAUAUCAUCCAUGUGACCAGAAUUGAGGAAGGGGGCUGGUGGGAAGGAACACUCAAUGGCAAAAAUGGAUGGUUUCCUAGCAACUACGUGAGAGAAAUCAAAUUGAAUGAAAAACCAGCCUCUCCAAAGUCAGCAACUUUGAAAAGUUCACCCAAAGGAUUUGAAACACCUCCUGUUAGUAAAAGCUACUACAAUGUGGUGCUGCAGAAUAUUCUUGACACAGAGUGCGAUUAUGCAGAGGAACUAACGAUGCUUCUGUCAACUUUCCUGCGACCUUUACAAGCCAGCGACAAGCUAAGUGUUGCUGAAGUUACAUCCUUGAUGGGAAAUCUGGAGGACAUCUGCUCCUUCCAGCAGAGUCUUGUUCAGUCUUUAGAAGAUUGUACCAAGUUACCUGAAUCCCAGCAGAAAGUUGGUGGCUGCUUUGCAAACUUGAUGUCUCAGAUGAAAAGUCUGUACCUUGCAUAUUGUGCCAACCAUCCCUGGGCUGUGAAUGUCCUCACAAAGCACAGUGAGGAACUGGGGGAGUUUAUGGAAAUGAAAGGAGCAACCAGUCCUGGGAUCCUCAUGCUUACCACCAGCCUGAGCAAACCUUUCAUGAGACUGGACAAAUACCCGACUCUGCUGAAGGAACUGGAGCGUCACAUGGAGGAAUCCCACCCUGACUGGUCUGACAUCCAGACAGCUAUGACUGCAUUCAAAAGUCUUUCGUCUCAGUGUCAAGAAGUCCGGAAGAGAAAGGAAUUGGAACUACAGAUCCUGACGGAAACAGUCCAUGGUUGGGAUAUCCAAUCCCUGGGCAACGUCAUUUACAUGCCUCAGGUCAUGGUACAGAGCGGCAACGAGGAGAAAUGUGAGAGAUAUUUUCUCCUGUUUCCACAUGUCCUUCUCAUGCUCUCUGCCAGUCCCAGGAUGAGUGGUUUCAUCUAUCAGGGGAAAUUACCAUUAACAGGAUUAACCGUCACAAAGUUAGAGGACGGUGAUGAGCACAAUAACAGCUUUGAAAUUACUGGAAGUAUGAUUGAACGGAUUUUGGUGUCGUGCUCGAAUCACCAGAAUAUGCAGGAGUGGGCAGACCAUCUGCAGAAGCAAACAAAGGUCCCAAGUGUGGGAGUUGUGAGACAGCAGUCUAUGCCAUGUCACACACUUCCAUUGCACCCUGUGACGCCACUCAACAAGCAUUCUGAUGGGUAUCAGAUCUCCGUGACUCCACCCUACCAUACCCUUCCUCAUCCAUCCUUGCAUGGGACAUCCCACAGCACACUGAGCUGGGGAACUCUGGAACCCCCCAAGAUGCCAAAGCCGUGGACUUUGAGCUGCCUCCGGCCAGCAGCCCCAUUGAAACCUUCUGCCGCUCUUUGUUACAAGGAGGACCUCAGCAGGAGCCCUAAAACCAUGAAGAAGCUGCUUCCCAAAUGGAAACCAGAGAGAAAACCCUCUGAUGAGGAGUUUGCACUGAGGAAAAGCACAGCAGCUCUUGAAGAAGAUGCACAAAGAUUGAAAGUUAUUGAAGCUUACUGCACUAGUGCCAAAACCCGUCAGACUCUGAACUCAACGAGUCGUAAAGAAUCUGCACCUCAGGUUUUGCUGCCGGAAGAGGAGAAGAUGAUUGUGGAAGAAACCAACAGCAACGGGCAAACGAUCAUCAAAGAAAAGACACUUGUGGACACAGUUUAUGCAUUAAAGGACGAGGUGCUUGAACUGAAACAGGAAAGCAAGAAGAUGUGGUGUUCUUUGGAAGAGGAGCAGAGAGCCCGCAAGGAACUGGAGAAGCUCAUUAGAAAAGUUCUAAAGAAUAGGAAUGAAUUUUCUUGGGAUGAAACUAACGUAUAAUAACCUAUAGCGCCAGAAAUGGUCAUAUCUACCUGGGAAUUGGUUCUUGUAAUUAGCAAUCAAGCACUGUUCCCCUGUCAUUGGCCUAUGCGGUGUUACAGUACAAACAUUGACUGGAGUAUUUUAAUAAUUUAAAUAUCAUUAGUAGUCUGGAGAUGGCCUUGUGGAGGUGUCGAGCUUUGAGGGUGAACCCUGCACUUCUGUUCUUGCAUCGGGUGAUUCAUGCUCCCCAGGAUAGAAGCCGGCGGACCGUGGCUUUCUGGCUGAUUUGCCCUUUGGGGCUGCUGCCUGCAGUUAAGGAGAGCCUAGGACAAGAACCUUCAGUGGAGACCAGUCUGCCGGAGUGUGCUCUGAGUGUUUGGAGGUCAGAUCCUGACUGCAAGCGGUGCAUUGUUUUAACAACUGACAUUCCAAUGGAACUUCAAACCUGGGCUCAUGGGAUCUGGGUGAUGGUGUUAUGCUUUGAAGUUUCCUUUCCCAUUAUCAGCUUAGUAAUGGUGCAGAGCCCGAUUGUGAACCAUUUCUGGUAUCUGGUAAAAGUAGACUCUGUGCUGGUCAGUGUUGGGAGUGAACUGUUAGGUCGCACGCUGAUUGCGUUGACGGAGGAAUGGACCCAAGCUUUUUGUUUUGUGUUUAAUUUUGGAGCUAUCU